AUGAUAGAGCACUACCUAUCUCAAGCCCUCAUUGGGCUGACGCUUGCCAUUGCCACCGUUUUGCUUUUUGCAUUGGCCCAUUGGCGCUCUCGGCCUACGCUGCCAUUACCACCUGGUCCACCUUCUGAGUUUCUUCUUGGCCAUUCCCGUGUUAUACCCAAGGAGAAUGCUGCAGCAGUAUACGCGAAAUGGUCGAAAGAGUACAAUUCAGAUAUCAUACAUGUCCGGUCCCUGGGUCGUUCUACAGUCGUGCUCAAUAGCGCAGAUGUAGCCAGGGAUAUCUUGGACAAGAAAGGCGCCAAUUUUUGUGACCGACCUAGAUUUACGCUACUGGAAGUCAUGGGAUGGGGAAAGACCCUGACUUUUCUUCCUUUUGGUCAACGUUGGCAAAUGCACAGAAAGUUCCUCCAGACUUCGUUCAGCAACACGAAUGUCCGCCGAUGGCACACUCUGCAGAUAACAGAAGCUCGACGAACGAUUCAGAAUAUACUCAAGAAGCCUGAAACAUGGGAAACGUCGUUACGCAGGCUUGCGGUUGCCAUCGUUUUGCAAGUGAGCUAUGGCACCCAAGUCCUCGAGGAUGAUGAUCCCUACAUCCAAAUCGCCAACGAUGCCAUGUAUGCCACUGGCAAUGGUGGAGUUCCUGCCAAUAGUAUUGUUGAUCUAGUUCCAUUCGUUCGCUACCUCCCCGACUGCAUUGUCCGCGACUGGUCCCUGCGAUUCGCCCGACAAUGGCGCUGGGCUAUUAAAAAGCUUCACGACGUCCCAUUCGCUGCUGCCCAAGCUGAAAAUGUGACACAUCACCUCCUACGAGAGUAUAAGGACAAGGAGUCCCGUGGCCAGGAACAACAAUGGUCCCUUGAUGAUAUCAAAGGGGCGGCAGGAGCAGUUUUUAUUGCGGGGACAGAUACUACAUGGGCUACAUGCGUAAUCUUUAUUCUCAACAUGGUACUUCACCCGGAAAUACAGGAGAAGGCACAGCAAGAGCUUGAUGCGGUGAUUGGAUCUGAUAGACUUCCCGACUUCUCGGACCGGCCCGCUUUGGUUUAUAUCGAACAUAUUGUCCAGGAGAUUUAUCGCUGGUCGCCACUGGCUCCUCUAGGGAUCCCACACAAGUCGCUCCACGAUGAUAUCUACAAGGGCAUGCUCAUUCCCAAAGGUACAUCCAAGGCGAAAGUCUCUUUGCUGCUUGUGCAAGCUAACUAA